AUGCAAAUUACAAAAAUGGGCAUUUGGCAUACCUUGAAAUCAAAAUUAGAACUAAUUAUAUUAGAGCAUGAGAAAUUUUCUUUAUAA